AUGGCAAACCUUCCCAAGCAGAUGAAGGCUCUCCGCUACGAGAAGCCCGAGGACUGGUCCAUCGUCGAGGUCCCCCUCCCCGAGCUCCGCCCCAAUGACAUCCUCAUCAAGGUCCGCGCCUGCGGUGUCUGCGGCACUGACCUGCACAUCCACGAGGGCGAGUUCAUCGCCAAGUUCCCCCUGAUUCCCGGCCACGAGACGGUCGGCGUCGUCGCCGCCGUCGGCCCCGAGGUCAAGGGCUUCCAGAUUGGCGACCGCGUCGCGGCCGACAACAGCGAGCUCUGCAACGAGUGCUUCUACUGCCGCCGCGGCGAGCUCCUCCUCUGCGAAAAGUUUGAGGCCCACGGCGUCACCAUGAACGGCGGCUUCGCCGAGUACUGCGCGUACCCGGCGGGCAAGGUGUUCAAGUUCAGCAACCUCACCGACGUCGACGCGACGCUGCUCGAGCCGGCCUCCUGCGCCUGCCACGGCCUCGACAAGAUCCGCCCCCGCCUGGGUUCGAGCGUGCUCAUGUUCGGCGCCGGCCCCACGGGCCUCAUGCUCGCCCAGCUGCUCCGCCACAACGGCGGCUGCAGCGUCACCAUUGCCGCGCCCCAGGGCCUCAAGAUGGACCUCGCCAAGAGCCUCGACGCCGCCGACCACUACAUUGAGCUCUCGCGCUCCGAGCCCGAGGUCCAGUUCGCCCAGCUCAAGAAGGACAACCCCUACGGCUUCGACGUCGUCGUCGAGGCCACCGGCUCCACCAAGAUUCUCGAGGACGCCAUCCACUACGUCCGCCGCGGCGGCAAGCUCGUCGUCUACGGCGUCUACGCCGAGGCCGCCCGCGUCUCCUGGCCGCCGUCCAAGAUUUUCGGCGACGAGAUUACCAUUCUCGGCUCCUUCUCCGAGACCUACAUGUUCCCCGCCACCAUCGACUACCUCGACAGCGGCAAGGUCCGCACCGCCGGCAUCGUCAACAAGACGUUCCGCCUCGAGCAGUUCGGCGAGGCCCUCGAGAGCAUCCGCAACAAGAGCGCCAUCAAGGCCGCCAUUGUCUUUGACGACGCCACCGGCGUGUAA